CACAGUUGGUUUCCAGUCCACUUGACAAUUAGAAACUUUUUGAAAAGAAUGUAAUUUAAAAACACAUAUGUGGGAUUUCACAUAUGUUUAUUGUUCUUUGGAUACCUCUAUCCUGUGGUUCAAAGUUUGCUUUUGUGAAAUUGUGUGAGAAAAAAAGCUGCUACAGGUGGAUUGCUGAAGACCUGAGGACACAGGUCUAAUCAAGAGAAGAAUUCAACAUAUCAAGACUCACCAUUGUCCAUCACAAGGAGUGGCGUAGACACGCAAGAUGGAGGAAAUAAAAUUCAGAGGAAAGAAAAGAGAAGGAAGACACAGGGAUACGUGGGAUCCAUUCCAGCUCAACCCGAUUGGAGCCGAGAAGGAAACCAAGAGAAGAUGUUUCGAAUUUGCCCAGUACCUGGUGGCUGCUAUCGUUGGGUUAGCCGUCUUGACCAGCGCCGUUGUUGCGAAGGGCUCUCUCUUGGUGUUGUCCACCAUGUCCUGUCCUACCUCCCUGCGAAGCCCAAAGGAAAAGCAGUUCUACAUGCUGAUGUUGGUGUUCUGCCUGGUCUUCCCCAACGUCCUGGUGUUCCUGAAGUCACUGUGGAGAUGUGCCUUCAAGAGCUUUGUCUAUCCCAACAUGAAGACCAUGGGCUUUAUGUGUGCCAUUGAGUGUCUGGUGUCUCUUGGGACUUCGACCCUGGUGCUCGUUGUGAUGCCUCAGUUUGAUGUGUUGACUAAUCUCUUCAUCAGCGGAGGAGUCUGUAUUAUUUCGGCCAUUCUGCAGAUAGUAUACAAACUACAGAAAGAAACGUGGAAAAUCCUGUUCCCGAUCUGCUCGCUCAUUUUUACAGUUGCUGGUUACUGCCUCCUGGGGAUUGACUACUACGUCCGCGUGUCAUCAUACGUGGAUCGGCAGAGCGCCGACUGCUUCAUCUACAUUGCAAUUGGAAUUUUCUCUUCAGUCCUCGUCUCCCUCUGCUGGUGGGAGAAUCCACUGCAAGCUACUAAUCGCAUGCAGGAAAAACUGUCAGAAUUGGAAGGUUUCAGGGACUUUGUGUUUGUCAUCAGCAGUAUUCUGAGGAUCAUAGUGAUAGGAGCAGUAUACCUAUUCUACCACGCGCUGAUUCAGAAAACCAUCAAAUGGUCAGACUUUAACCUGCAGGAUAAGGACUGGGAAUUACUGCAAAUAGGACUGGUGCUGUUCUUCUUACAGGCCUUCUGCUCAGCAGCCUGCCACUGGUUCGGUGUGGUGGCCUGUAAGAUCCAUGCAGUCAGGAUGAGUUUCGCGCUGCCAUUAUGUUGCACAGGGCCUGCAGUGCUCCUGCUGGGACUCAUACUUUUCUUAACCCAGGCACAAGAUUUGAAUAAAGCAAAGCACGGGAGCAUCACAGAUUUUUGUGAAAGUUUAGUCUACUUGAGCCGUAAGAACACAACCCCUGUGGUUUUACUGGAAAUCACAAGGAGCAUUUGUCGCACUUCACUCAACAGCUAUUACCUGCAAUGGCCUUUUUCAAUGCUGGCACUGGAGGGAGUGUGUAUGUGGUUAGGCGCCGUCACAUGUUCCUACUACGUAUGGAAGAUCAAGGUCCAGCGCAUAGAGAGAACCUCCCAGCUCUUCGUUCGUCGACUCUACGAAUCUGCUUUUAUUGACCUGUCUCUGCUACUCAACACCAAGAUGAAGGUUCCCCGAGCCCGAAACCAAGAGAGCCACGAAGACAUACAGAACUGUGUGAUCUACCUGUGUGCCACCAUGUGGCAUGAGACCUAUGAUGAAAUGCUUAAAAUUCUCACCUCCAUGUUCAGACUGGACCGCUACCGAGGUGAUCCAAAGGAGAACCAUACGGACUGUUUUGACUUUGAGUGUCACGUCUAUGUCGAUGACGCUUACAUGACUGAAAAGGCUACAGGGAAGAGGCUGGUGAACAGCUACGUUACCGACUUGAUCCACGUCGUCAUCGAGGUUUAUCGGGUGUUCACCAACAAAGAACCAGAUGAUGUGUCAAUCUUCGAGACCCCCUACGGUGGCAGGCUGAUGUUUGUUCUGCCAGACGGCAACAUGCUUUACAUUCAUCUAAAAGACAAAACUCUCAUCAAGAACAAGAAAAGAUGGUCCCAGAUUAUGUAUAUGUACUAUCUACUCGGCUGGAAGGGCUACAUCGUCAAGAACCCUAAGAAGAUCACACGCCAGAACAACCCAUGCAGAGAGAGCAUGAUCUCCAUGUAUGGAGAGAUUUAUCUGUUGCCUCAGCAUGACACUGACUACAAGAGAAAAUUCAUCUCAGAUGACAACACGUACAUCCUGGCUCUGGACGGAGACACGGACUUCCAACCUAAAGCUGUGAUUCUGCUGUUGGACAGGUUGAGGAUGUAUACCAACGUAGGUGCAGCGUGUGGUAGAAUCCAUCCGACUGGAAUGGGUCCCAUGGUGUGGUACCAGAAGUUUGAGUACGCGGUCGGCCAUUGGCUUCAGAAGACAUCGGAGCACGUGUUCGGCUCUGUGCUGUGCAGUCCGGGAUGCUUCAGCCUGUUCAGAGGAUCGGCCUUAAUGGAUGAUAAUGUGAUGAAGAAAUACACGACGCCUGCAACCAGAGCUUCGGAAUAUGUGCAAUAUGACCAAGGGGAGGAUCGUUGGUUGUGUACUUUGUUACUGCAACAAGGGUGGCGUGUCGAAUACAAUGCGGCAUCGGAUGCAUACACCAACUCACCAGAAGAGUUUAAAGAGUUUUAUAACCAGAGGAGACGAUGGGGACCAUCGACACUGGCUAACACACUGGACCUUCUGCACAGUGGUUCAGAAACAGUGAAGAGAAACUCAUCCAUCUCCCAGCUUUACAUCUACUACCAGAUGUUCACCGUUAGUUCCUCUAUCCUUGGUCCAGCCUCUGUGACUCUCAUGAUAGCAGGUGCUUUACAAUUUAUCUUAAAACUCUACGGUACGACUUCCAUCAUCAUCGCAUGCAUUCCUCCAGUGUUCUACAUCCUCAUCUGUUUUUUAGCAAAGCCCAAUACCCAGAUUACCAUCGCUGCCAUUUUGAGUAUUAUGUAUGCGUUCCUGAUGACUGCGUCCUUGUUUUCCAUCAUUGGUGACAUGGUGAUUCAGGGCACCUUCCUGACCCCCACAGGCUUGUUUUUGGUUUCAAUGGCCAUCAUGUAUUCAGUGACAGCAAUACUACACCCAGAGGAAUGGGCAAUGAUUAUUUAUGGUCUGAUGUAUUUCAUCUGUAUCCCCAGUGGAUACCUCCUACUGACCAUCUACUCACUGGUUAACAUGCACAUUGUCACAUGGGGCACAAGGGAAACCAACAAGGGAGAAGGAGAAGUGAAGAAAAACCAUAAUAUGCUGUGUGACAGAGACUGUAGAAUUUGCUGCUGGGACAUGAAGCUACAGAUAACACAGGAAACAGAUAAUCAGAUGCUUCGACAGAUCACAGGCCAGACGGCACAGGAAGGCCCGCCUCCUCUUCCCAUUGUCAACCAAGACUCAAUCAAUCAAAUAGCAGCAGCCAAGAUGGAGCCUGAAGCCAACAUUGAUAAAAACACAGAAAACACUGUGGAAGAAGUCAAGAAACCUCUCGUUGACAAACAGAAUUGGGUGGCAGUCAAAGGCAAUGACAGUGCUUCCAGCAGCAGUUAUGGCAGUGUCAACAAAAAGAACAUUUCACGAAGUGGAUACAACGACGUUGAGGAGGAUGAUGACUUGAUGAUUUCUGACUUCGAGGAAACAGAGCUUCCCGUCAGCGACUGGGUAAAGCCGGUGAAGGAGGAAUUUUUGAAGAAGCUGACUUAUGCCAACAUGAAGAGAAAUCUACAGGAACAAAUCCGCUACACACUCCGAAACAAAAAUGAGGAUGACGUGUGUGAGGAGUUGGUCUUAAUGUUGACGGACACUCUUAAUGGACAGCUCAGUGAAGUGGGGCCUGAAGAUAUUCUGACCGAAAGCCAACUGGAGGAGUUAGAAUAUGCCCUGAGAGAGCAUACUCGGCGUAUCCUUGUAACCAGUCAAAUGGAGAGAUUGGAGAAAAGAGUAACCGCAGCCAUCAAGAAAACACUCACCGCCCCACAAGUGAAGAAACUUGAUGAGGGUGAGCAAGACUUCUGGAACAAGUUACUUGAACGCUACUUAACGCCUAUCGUUGACAGUAAAGCGCAUCUGGAGGAAGUCACCAGAGAACUAAAGUCACUACGCAACAAGGCUGUGUUCCUGUAUUUCAUCGUCAACUUGCUGUGGGUGGUUGCAACCUUCUUCCUGCAGGCCAUUGGAACUGAAGUCCUCAGCAUCAAGAUCCCGAAAUACUAUCCGAACGGAACUGAAUCUGCAGAGCCCCUCAUGGUGGAGCCUCUCAGUUUGAUGUUCCUGUUUUCCUUUGCUUUUCUUCUCAUUAUCCAGUUUCUGGCCAUGUUAUAUCACAGAGUCUACACUCUGAUCCAUGUGGUCUCCUAUCGCAGCACAGAGAAAGAAUACAUGCCGAAAGACAUUGAGGAGGAGGAUGAUGGCUUGACUCUGGAGAACCACAGAGCCAGUGCACUUGGGUUUAACGACGAUGACCUGUAGUCCAUAACGACCAACUGGAACCAAUGGGUCGCUCACCCCCUAAGUGCUGCCAAUCAAACAUUUACUUUUUCAGCCAUCACGAAAUACAACAAAUGUUAAGGAUUGAAUGGUAGUCUUUGUAGACAGGCCAUUUCUUAAUAUUGAAAUAUUUUGGAAAUCAGCAGCUCUUUUGCAGCAACUGUUUUGCCUCCAAGCAAAUGAGAUUUGAGUGGCAAAGGGGAAAUCAAUAAUAACAGAUUCAAUUACAUUUGUUUUAUAAUAUAACAUUAGGAGUCGUUAACAUGUGAGCUUAUGUGUGUUGUGUUUGAAUGUAUAUGCUUUUAAGACUUGUAUUUUAAGUGUGGUUGAAUGCAUCAGGUCCUUAUCCAAAUCCAGGGUCUAAAGAUAGAGGGUGUUAUGUGGGACAGACUGCACAUCUCAUUGAAGGCUGCAUUCAUCUAGCAGAAGGAAAACAAAACCUUGUAGAGGAUAAGGUAUUUUAAGAUAUUUUACAAAAGAAUCUGUCCAAUUUGUUAAUAAUUUUUGUUCUGUGCCUGCAACAGAAUCUAUGUUUUUACCACAAUGAGCUCAAUGUAGAUGGAAGCAAAACAUUUUAAUUUGUCCAAGUAAAUGUAUUUAUGAGUUCCUAGUCAAGUCAGGUUGCUCCCAAGAAACAGUGAGUCAAUCAAAGAUUAUUAAAUGCAACAUUUGCACAUGUAAGAUAUAUUUGUAUUGUUAAACCUUGUGUAUUUUAAAGUCUGGUGUAAUCUACACGGUUUCCUUUUUAAAAUUUCAGACGGUAUCAUUGUAAUUAUGUAUACAAAAUGUAACAAUGCACUUUACAAAGUGAUAACAUGUUGUGAAGAUAAACUCCCUAGGAAACUGUUGAACUGAUUAAAUAAAAUAAUUGAACAAUC